CUGGAAUGGUGAAAAGCUAUUGUAUGCCAUUUCGCCUUCCACAGCAGCAUCCUCGAUGGUCCUUGUAAUGCUAUCUGCUUGCUUUGACUGGCCAAGGAAGAAGCGGCAGGGCCAGAGAGAGGAAGAGGAGGAGGAGGUUUUUGGUAGCGGUGCUGCCUGGUUGCUGUUUGGAAGCCCAAUGACUGCAGCAUAAUUAAAGAUGGCCGACUCGGAGGAAUUUAGACUCAAGCGAUUAAUGCAUGAGCAGGAGCAGUCCAGAGUGUUCGACCAGGUGAUGGGACUGGGAGACUUUGCUGACUCCUCCAGAGGCUCCAACACCUCCUCUAAGAGUGAAGGUCCACAGGGAACACCAGCGGUAGAAAGACUUUCUGGACAAGAGGAACAGCAAGAAGGGGACAACAGCAACAGUAGUGGCAGCAGGCAAGAACAAAAUAUUGGUAAGGGGGUGGAGGAAUCAUCAUAUCCUCGCAUAGUAUCCCCUGCCAAUGACCAACGCUCCCCAUUUACCAUUGAACCCAGUGGAGGAGGAACUGGAGAGGCAGCAUUUGAUGAUGCAUUAGAUGGCCUUCCUUCAUUUGGUCCUGAAGAGGAGGACGAGGAUGAGGACUGGCACUUUGCCCUACCAGACGAGACAUUGCAGGAUGUUGACUAUGACAAAUUAAAGGGCAAAAAAAAUCAGCCGAGGGAGGGACUUGACAAAAUUCAAGGAGAUCCUUCUCUGGGACCUAGAGAAGUGGAGGAUGAGCAAGAGAAAGAUGCAACCAGUGGCUCUGCAAACACUUCUCACUCAUCCAAGGACAACACACCUGAGAGCAGUCAAGAUGUGGGAAAUGUGAAUCAGACGAAAGAAACAGAAGAGCACGUACAGUCGGCGCGCCCUCCUGUAGAAGGCAGCAACCCUCCUUUGUCUCCCAAUAUCACCGUUAAAGAUGAACCAAUUGAUGAGGGAUAUGAUGCUGCUUUAUUGCCUCAGAGUAAUGCAAGACAAAUCAAAGAAGAACUAGAACAUCAGGAGGAUGAGCUCAGGAUCAGCUCUGUUUACUCUGUUGGCGGAGGUAACACACUUGCGCCACCUACGGCCCAUCAAGUGACUGCAGCUCCUCCCCAACCAACAACCAUUUUUAUUCAGGGUAGAGGUGCUGUUCUGCAAGCAGUAGCUCCCCUUUCUGUCCGACCUCCAGCUACAAUCCAGACUUCACUUUCAUCUUUGACACCACUACCCCCUCGACCCCCAGUGCCACUCAUUCCUGGGAGUGUUCGUUGCAGUGGCUGCUUUAAGAUUCUGCUAAAAGGUCAAACAGCUUUCCAAAGGAAAGGCUCAACACAACUCUUCUGCUCGACGGUUUGUCUGACAGGACAUCUGCCCCCAACAAACAAGAACCAAUUAUGUUCUCUAUGCAACAAUGAAAUCGUUCGUGCUCGGGACACAAUAACGAUCCCAGCUGAUGACAACACGUACUUGCACUUUUGUGGGCAGCACUGUUUGUCAAUCUUUAGACACAGGGCGAAAAAAAUUGAAAAGCCUCCUGAAAAAGUGGUCGAAAAACGGCCAGAGAAGAAGAUUGAGAAGCCACAGGAGAAACCUGCUGAGCGACCGGUGGAAAGUGCUAUUUGUAGUGUGUGCAGAAUCACUAACCGGAUCGAACAUGAGGUCAGUCACCAAGGCCGUCUGCACAGACUCUGCAGCGACGCUUGUUUUGUAACUUGGCGCAAGAUGCGACAGUUAGCCAUGAACUGCUGUGAAGGCUGUGGACUUUACUGUAACAGUAGUUCAGACUCCUAUCAUACACUUACCAUUGAAAAAUCUGAGCUCAACUUCUGUGGUCCCACCUGCAUUGGCACUUACAAACAGUCCUGCCGAAGGACAGUUGAGUGUGCCAAAUGUCAUAAGUCUGCCAUCGUGUCAGCCAGCAUCAUGGAGCGAGAUGAGAAGGGAAAAGUUCAACUUUACUGUUCACCUGUUUGUGUGCAAAUGAGCCGACCACCACAACACACUCUAAGCGGAGCUGCAUUUCCAUGCUGUCUGUGCAAGACCGUAGCGAUUCCUCAGUAUCACUUGGCAAUGGUGGACGGCACCAUAAGGAACUUUUGUUCCUAUGAAUGUGUGUCUACUUUCAGGAAAACUGGACAUACUGGGUCAGAUCUAAUGAACGGAAAAUCUUCUCCAAGGGAUGCCCCACGAAUUGGGCCCACUUCCAGAGCCAGCUCAGUCCCUCCUUUUCCUCAGGAUUACCCAUCUUCAGCCCCCUGUCCCAGCCACCAUGGCAGUAACAGCUCAGUACCCCCGCUGGUUCCUCCAUCAGUUGGCUUGACCUCAACUUCUGCACCUGGGCAAGAUCAUCCCAGAACACCCUCUUCUCAGCCAAUAAAAACAGGCGAGGGUAGACUAGCUGACAGCCCAAAAGUGAGCUGUCAUCAGUGUACCAAGCAGAUCCUUACCAAGCCGCUGCUUUUUGGCCACCAAGAUCAGAUAGCUCUGUUCUGCUCUAUGGCAUGCUGUGAUCUGUAUAAAACACAUAACAACAUCCUGGCAAUGUGUGAGGUUUGUAAGAGGGACAAGAUGCCGUUUGACACAAUCCACUACAAUGGGAAAGACAUUUUCUUCUGCAGUAAACAAUGUAAACAAAGCUUCAAAUUGGCUCUAACAUCUCGUCCCAACCAAUUACCCUGCCGUCCCUGCAGCUAUUGCUUUAGCAUUAGUCAAAAGAUGUUGCAUAGUCACUAUGGAGGCAAGCUGGAAGAGUUCUGCAAGCCUCUCUGCAUGUCCCAGUACACUGUACUCUACUAUGGGAUGGGUCGAUGUGACAGUUGUAGGAAGCAGGGCUACUUAAAUGAGAAGCUGCAGUACAUGGGUUCAGUGCGGAACUUUUGCAACUUGACCUGCUUGCUCGGGUACUGCUCCCUGAAUUUUGAACCGAGCCACCACAGUAAUUGUACUGGCGCAGAACCACCUCAUGCUCCAGCCCAGCCUCAGCACUCCUCAAAAGCUAACCCUGUCAUAGCCGAUGUCGUGUCACUCGCAAAUGGCUCGGCAACUCAGCCCAGUGUGCCAUCGGAUAUUGCUCUCACUGGAGGAGUUCCAAACUCUAGCCUUGAUGGCAAGAUUCUUGAUCAUGCGAGUACUCAAACAGAUGCCAUGCGUGGGUCCCCAACCUCCCGACGUCAAAUGAAGAAUAAGUCCGUUCUUUGCCGGCCAUUCACAAUGGAUCAAGAGAGCCUAUGUCUGCUCCUCGAACCAUCUAAAGAUUCUUCAGAUGAUUUUAGGUCAUAUGACUGUGAAAAAGCUGUUAAAAAGAUGAAGACAGUCCAAGAAACAGCUCCUUCACCACCACCAGCAAGCUGCUCAAAAGAGGGGGACAAAGUGAAGGUGGUAAUGGUGCCAGUUCCUGUGCCAGUCUUUGUCCCAGUGCCUAUGAACAUGUACUCCCAGCACACACCAGUUCCAAUGGCUUUGCCUAUAACUCUUCCAGUGCCCGUUGUUAUACCACCACAACUUAAAGAAGUGGCUGAUGUAGCCACGCAAUCAGAUCCUUGGACCGAAGGGACUAAAAACCUGAACAAUGUUGAGGUCCCUGUACAUCAGGAAGACACACCCCUAAUUCCAAUCCCUAUUAUCGUACCACCACAGAGAAUAGAUGUAGCGAUCCAGUCAGAUCCUUUGGUAUUAGUGGCUGAAGAGCAAAAUAAUACGAAGGUGGAAUCACGAAUCAAAGAUGUGAAAGAUAUCGCUGUCCAGUCAGAUCCCAUGGUUGCCGCAAAGGUUCCCUUGCCUGUCUUGCUGCCAUGUAGUAAAAAUGUAGUAGAUGCAGCGGUCCAAACAGAUUUAAGUUUGGAAAAGAAGAAUGAUUUAAAUGACUCUAAACAAUAUGAAGUCACAUCCGUAGUUCCUCGACCCAUGUUUGUGCCACCGCUGCGUAAACGUGCAGUAGCUGCUGCUGAUCAACCCGAUGCUUUGGGUGAGGAGAUGGCUGACCCUGUCCAAUAUGGUCUUUGGGAAGUGGAGCCUGAAACCAAGAUGGCUUUUGAUGACGCCAGCCCAGGCCAUGGUAAAGCUACAUCAGAAGUGGACAAUCUAGCAAUUCCUCAAGUCGAGGAAAGUCCAAAUACUGCACAAACCAAAAUUCUUCAUCCGAUAACAUUAGCAAGGAAAAAAGAAACAAGUCAUUAUUCACGAAAACGCAAGCGGAAGACAAAAUCCACAACAAGUGACCACCAAGAUAUCAUCCCUGCCGAACAACACCCUCCCCCCUUGCAAAUGAGUGAUUUCGAGCAUGUCUUUCCAUUGGGCCAGGAUGAAAGUUCAACAUCAGAAGUGGUCAAUCCAACAAUCACCCAAGUCGAAGACAUUCCAGACGCAGCACAAAAUGACAUUCUUCCCGCGAUAACUUUUGCAAGGAAAAAAAUGCCUGGUCGUUCCUCCAGUACACGCAAGCCCAGGACUAAACCAACAACAAGUGACAACCUAGACACAAGUACUGCUGAUCAACAACCGCCCUCCUCAGCAAUGACUGAUUUGAUGCAUGGCUUUCAAAUAGGCUUGGGUGAAAAUAAAACAACAGAAGUGGUCAAUCCACCGAUCAGCCAGAUUGAGGAGGGUCUAAACACACCACAAAAGGAAAUUAUUCCUCCAAUUACUUUGUCAAGGAAAAAGGUGGCAAGUAGACGUAAACCCAGGCUGAAGGCUCAACCAACAAGUGACAACCAAGACGACAUCACUGCUCAAGAACAAUUUUCUCCAGUGACUGAUUUGAUGCAUGACUUUCCACUGGGCUCGGGUGAAAGUACAAAAACAGAAGUGGUCAAUCCACCAAUCAACCAGAUUGAGGAGAGUCCAAACGCAGCACAAAAAGAAAUUAUUCCUCCAAUUACUUUGUCAAGGAAAAAGGUGGCAAGUAGACGUAAACCCAGGCUGAAGGCUCAACCAACAAGUGACAACCAAGACGACAUCACUGCUCAAGAACAAUUUUCUCCAAUGACUGAUUUGAUGCAUGACUUUCCACUGGGCUCGGGUGAAAGUACAAAAACAGAAGUGGUCAAUCCACCAAUCAACCAGAUUGAGGAGAGUCCAAACGCAGCACAAAAAGAAAUUAUUCCUCCAAUUACUUUAUUAAGGAAAAAAGUCGGAGGUAAACGUAGACGCAAGCUAAAGGCUCAACCAACAAGUGACAAACAAGACGACAUCACUGCUAAAGAACAGUCUCCCUUCUCUCCAAUGAUUGAUUUGAAGCAUGACUUUCCACUAGGCUCGGGUGAAAGUACAACAACAGAAGUGGUCAAUCCAACAAUCAGCCAGGUUGAGGAGAGUCCAAUUGCAGCACAAAAAGAAAUUAUUCCUCCGAUUACUUUAUUCAGGAAAAAAGUCGGAGGUAAACGUAGACGCAAGCUAAAGGUUCAACCAAAAAGUGACAACCAAGAUAUCAUCACUGCUGAAAAACAACCUCCCUUUUCUCCACUGACCAAUUUGGAGCAUGAGCUCUCAUUGGGCAAGGAUGAAAGUAUGACAUCGGAAGUAGUCACUCCAACAAUCCCCCAAGUUGAAGAGAGUCCAAACACGUCCCAAACAAAAAUUAUUCCUCCAAUAACUUUAGUAAAGAAAAAACAAGUAAAUCGUACCCCACGUAAACGCAAGCUGAAGGCUAACCCAACAAGUGACCUCCAAGACACCAUCACUGCUGAACAACAGCCUCCUUUCUCUCUUCUGACUGAUUUGGAUGAUGUCUAUACAUUUGGCCGGGGUAAAGAUACCGCGUCAGAAGUUGUGGCGCCAACAAUUGAGCAACUUGAAGAGAGUCCGAAAACAGCACAAACCCAAAUUCCUCCUCCAGAUAUUUUAGCAAGGAAAAAAGUCGCAGUUCGUGCCUCACGUAAACGCAAGGUGAAGGCUACACCAACAAGUGAAGACCAAGACUCUGUCACUGUUGAACAACCGCUUCACUCCUCUCCAAUGACUGAGUCAGAGCAUAACAUUCCAAUGGCAUCAGAAGUGGUCACCCCAACAAUGUUGCAAGUUGAGGAGAGUCCAAACACGACACAAACCGGGAUUCCUCCCCCAAUAAGGACAAAAGAGUCAACCCGUUCCACCCGUAAAAGCCAGCCGCAAAAAACAACAAGUGACCACCCUGACACCAUCACUGUGGAACAGCAACCUCCCUCGUCCCCAAUGACUGACUUGGAGUAUGACUUUCCAAUGGAUCCGUCAGAGCUGAAGACAUCAACCCCCCAGCGAGGAGUGAAAAGACCUCGAGAGGGUUUUUCUGGUCGGAAGCGGGGUCGAAGACGAACUGGCUCAGUGGACAGCACCGCUGCUUUGACGCCAGUCAGCUUCGAAUUGAACUACAUGUAUGGUGUUAAAGCAUGGAAAUGCUGGGUGCAGCAACACAACAUGCAUUCUAAAAGAUCCAAUCCAGUGGUUGUUAAAGAGGAAAUUCUUCAGUGUGAUUCUGCUGAGCUGAGCUAUGCUCUGUCUUGCUUUGUAAAAGAAGUGCGUAGGCCAAACGGUGAGGCCUACAGCCCUGACAGCAUUUUCUACCUCUGCCUGGGGAUACAACAGUAUCUGUUUAUGAAGGGCCGCAUAGAAAACAUUUUCACAGAUGAGCUGUACAGUCAGUUUGCAUUGGAGAUCUCUGGGAUGCUACGACUUUGGAAACCUAAACAGCUGCCCAAUGGAAGCCUUAUGUCCUCUCGAGUUGAGGAGUCCUUCUUAUGGGAGUGCAAGCAGCUGGGCGCCUACUCCCCCAUCGUAUUGCUGAACACACUUCUUUUCUUCUACACCAAGAACUUCCACUUCACCACUGUGGCGCAGCACCAAAGCCUCUCUUUUGCCAACUUUAGUUUGCACACCAAACCCUGCAGUCGAGCGGGAAAAGUCCUCUACCUCAGAUACCAGCAAAGCAUUGCGGCUACUCCAGGACGUGUAGAGACUGAGCGAAUGAAAAAAAAUGAAGAUGGUGACAUGGAGAUAGAAGAAAAUGUUACCAAUCCCCUGCACUGUCCAGUCAGACUAUAUGAGUUCUAUCUCUCGAGAUGUCCCCCAACAGCAUUGAAGAGGACAGACAUGUUUUACCUCCAGCCUGAACGCAAUGUCCACACACAAAGUUCCUACUGGUAUACGUCUCAUGCACUACAUCACACCAUUUUGCAGAGCAUGCUAACUCGCAUCUUGGCAGUCAAAGAGGUUCAGCGGUAACAGCAGGCGGCCUCCUCUUAGUCCUGGUUUACAGCGACGAUGUGAAGAAGCAGGCCGCCAUGCUGUCAACGACACAACGGAGAAAUGGAACUCUUGGUCGCGGUCGCCUCCUCGUUCUACAAACACUCAGUUGUCCACAGGCAUCUUCGGUUUUUGGACUACUAUGAGUUUUCUUUUUUUGUCAUCUUUUCAGAUUUGAUGGCGAUGCAGUGACUUCAUUCGUGCAGCCCUCAUAGAGCUGUGCAAUGUGACAUUUAGUGCAUUGUUCAUGCAUCACAUUGUUUUAUACUGUUGCUGAUCCUGUCACUGAAUGCCCCUCCCCCCAAAAUAUAAAUGUAUACAAAAUUAAAUUAAAACAUUUUUUUGAAGAGCAAGACACAUUGGUAGCUCCCAGCUUUCAAUGAUGACAUAAGUAAAGAGACGUGCUUUUUCAUAUUGUCAAUCAAACGUCAUUGAAGACCAAAAACAUAAUAGUCCUUAUCACUCAACCGAAUAAUAUUUUAGCACCAUUUUUUACUCGUGGAUUGUGGGAUUGUCUUCUCUUAACGUUUUAAAAUCAUGACCCUUUGAAAGAGUGCUUUUUAGCAGGAUAAUGCCAGCACCAAUAGAUAACUUGUUCAUUAUUUUGUUUUGAUCACCCAAGGCUUGUUGAUAAUAAGAAAAUUCAUGUACUCUCUUGUCAUCAGCUGCUGAAUGAGGGGGUGUGACACUAGAUUAAACUCAGUGCCUCUCAUUUUUGGAAUGAUGAAUGAUUCAUCAAACAUACUGCCCUUUUCAUUUUCUUAGUCCCUUUUGUGGCCUUAUUUAGUGUCGAAACAGCACAUCUGUUCUUUUUUUUCUGCCUGGUUUGCCUGAAGUCCUUCCCAAUACCUAUUUUUUAUUCUGUAAAUCCAUCCAUCCCCUGAGUCAUCUUUGCGUUUCGUGAUGGUGUUCUUUCAUUGGACUUAUUUGUUUUUAACGUUCCUGUGGCUUUGCUCUCAUUCAAAGAGAAGCAUAGUCUUUUUUUAAAGGUGUAUUAUAAAUAAUGGUCUGUAAGGUUUAAAAAUAUUUUCAAUGGUCAAACAAUAAAUAAGCAGCAAGAUUUUGGAGUCUGCCUAAAAGUUGUAUUGAUGAUCAUUUCUACUUUUUUUAAUUCUUUUUUUUUUUUUUUUUAAAUUAGUUACAUUAAGCUGGUUCAGUGACAGUUUAAUAAAGACAAAAAAGCAACACCCCUUAGGUGUGCAUGCAGUAUGCUUCUAAUUCGGUAUUUGCCGUUGGCAGCACUAAACGUCCAAUCCAUUUGAAGUGGGAGGGCUAGCAGAGAAUUAACUUCAUUCAUUUAUUGGGUAAGGCGACAGACUGUUUGGAACUAAAUUUGAAAAGUACAUAUUACACAGUGUGGUUCAUUUGCUGCCAGCCCUCCCACUUCAAAUUGAACGUCUACUAGUGACAAAGAGCUACAUGAUUAGGCAUCUAUCGCAGAAUUGUUUCCAUUAGUGGUCAUUAUUUUUGACCCCUGCCCCAAAAAUGACCCUGAAAUGCAGUUCACAAAGGCUGCGUUCCAAUCACGGUGUGAGUUGCCCUCGCUUACUUGCCCUAAGCACUUGCUAUGACGUCACACGGAAGCCACUUGGAGGGCGGAGGGGGAGCGAAAAACGU